CCCAUCCCCUCAAAACGCCGUAUUUUGCGCAUGUACAACCAAACGGGAGCAUUCAUCGACUCCAAGAUGGCGAAAAGAGCGCUGGUCUUCUUUAUGAUCCUCCUGUGUACACACUGCUAUGUCACUAUCCUGGCGGUGAACCUCAGAAGUGAAAAUCCUGCACCAUGGACCGAGGAAUUCGGCUCCAUUGAAUUGUCGUGCAAGAUAGAGUUCAUCAUUACAGAAAAGCCACGCAUUGAAUGGAAGAAGAUAAAAAAUGGCGAACCCAGUUACGUCUAUUUCGCAGAUGAAGUAUCAGGGGAUUUAACGGGCAGAGCGAAACUCAUAGAACCCGCAUCCUUGUUUAUAACCAAUGCAACCAGAACAGACACCGCACAAUACCGGUGUGAGGUCACCGCCCAUAAGGAUGACAAGAUUUUUGAUGAGAUUUUGAUCAACCUUACUGUAAGAGUGAAGCCGGUGACUCCCAGAUGCAGCGUGCCCACAUCGGUGCCUGUGGGGAAGACGGCCGAGCUCCGAUGCGAGGAGAGCGAGGGAUACCCCAAACCGCAGUACCAGUGGUUCCGGAACAAUGACGAACUUCCCCUGGACCCCAAGAGCAAUCCCCGAUUCUACAACUCCAGCUACAGCCUGGAUACCAGCACAGGAACGCUGAGGUUCAGUGUCGUCAAGAAAGAGGACGCGGGAGAGUACUACUGCAGAGCAAAGAAUGAGGCAGGAAACUCACAGUGCGGCCCUCAGAAGAUGGAAGUCUAUGAUAUCAAUGUCACGGCCAUCGUAUUGGGAGUGCUGGUGGUGGUCAUCGUGCUCUUGUGUAUAACAGUCGGCAUUUGCUGCGCUUGCAAAAAGGGCUACUUCGGAAUCCAGACACAAACGGGAAACAACUACAAGGCCCCAUCCAAAGGAGAUGGAGUGGACUAUGUUAGGACAGAAGAUGAGGGUGAUUUCCGGCACAAAUCUUCGUUUGUCAUCUGAGAUGGGGGAGGAAGUGGCCGAUGUGAGAUUAAACACAAGGUGCAACACACCCUCUUGUUGAACGUCUGGGGUCCCGUGGCAACGUCCAAGUGGCUAACGUUUGCGCCUUCCACUGACACUUAGUCUGCCUGGCAAAACCGAUUAAAUAAAAAAUGCAUCGUAAUGAAUUGGAAAAGAAACAGCCGAGAUUUGAAAUUAUGUCCUUCGACUUCUGUAUAAAUCGCCAUGUACUCCUUGUCCUGUAAAAACCCCGCUGUCACCAAAACAAACAUUUUACAGUCUCACUUCUACUUUAUGGUAGUGGUAUGUUUUUAUUAUUCUCAAACGUAGAUGGCAAAUUCGAGAGCAAAAAAAUGAGUAAAAACAGCCAACAAGCCUCCUACAUACUAGAUUAGAGGAGAUCCAGACUAAAAUGCCAAUCUAUACGAUAAACACUGCUACUUCAACCCUGUUGUUAUUUGUAUAACAUAACCAUUUUUUUGUACCAGCAAAAUUUGUCAAACUAUUUUUGAUGGAAUAUAUUUUGAAAUGUCUAUAGAUAAAAAAGGUUUACUUUUUUAAAUGUUUGUAAAAUACUAACACUUAAAAACCAAUGUUUUUUAUUAUUUGGUUGUGAGAAGAUGUCAACAUUUCAGUGACAAUUCAGUAUUCAAUUUCAUUUAUGUGUAAUGAGAUAGGCAACUUUUCAUUAGUAAAUCGUCAUAUCAGGUUCUUACUUUUCGUUUUCGAUUGAUGGUCUUACCUUUUGAUUUCUGCUGGGAUUUAAAUAUGUUGAUAUUUUUUAAGAAAUCUCACGUCUUGUAGAUAGUCCAAAAACAAUACUGAAGCACUGUAUUAGAUCAUUGUCGAGCACUAAAGGUGUCAGUGCAGAGUAUCCUUGAUUUAAGUGACCUUCUGUGUUUGCUGUUCAUCUUGUAAAUAUCAGAUUUAUCCACAUUGGUGUGUGUUGUUUUUUAGUUGGAGGUACUUUCAGUAUUAUGUGAAAUAUAACACAGGGUUUGUUUGUCGGCUGAUAAGUGUCGUAUCGGUUGUAAAUAAAUUAGCUGUGCAAAUCAGCAGUGCCCGCCCCCAAAAGAUGUACCGCGGCAACAGAGGAAAGCGAGUUGUCACAUCCCUAGGUUAGGCUAUAUGAUGCUCUUUACUUGGUUCUAAGGAAGCCAAUGGACGACUGGUGGUAGAGAGAGGAUCUGCCUUAGCUGGUGCAUAUUGGCACGAGCAGGGACCGCUUCGUGAAAAUUUUAGCUGUUAAUGAACUAUUCCAAUCUCGAAAUGAAACCGGCACACUGCUUGGAAGAUAUUUUCAACUCGGUUGUUGGAGUACACCCUAAGCCAGGGGUCUCCAGCGCCGGUACUGAAGAGCUACUGUCCAGUAGGUUUUCUAUCCUACCUGGCUUUUGAUGAGUCACACCUGCUCUCAGGUAAAUACCAGGAACAGGUGUGGCUCAUCAGAUGCCAAGGGGGACAGAAAACCUACUGGAUAGUAGCGCUCUAGGACCAGAGUUGAAGACCCCUACCCUGAGCCCUUAGCAUAGUUUGACACCUUCAGGAAAGGUAGCAAGGCAAGUCUUCAUGCCACUUAAUUUUUUUACAGUAUACCUACAGUUGUGCGGACGAGCGCCACUCUGCGUUUCUGUGACGGCACUGAGAACGUUAACCGUCGAAUUAGCUACACUGCUGCUCUCAAGUGCCUUUUUAUUCCAGCUGCACUGGGUUCGAACACAAUCCAGCUCAGGAGACCUACAGGCAAAAACGGAGAUCUGCUUGUAUUUGGCGGUGCUGAUUAUUACUCUGCUAGGACUCAUGAAUCUUUACACUCCUGUAGCAUGCUAAUCGUAUAGGUAUCCACCCCACCUCCCCUUAUAUUUUUACAACUUUUAUUGCAUCAGAUUUUAUGGGGAUUUUUGCAUCCCCAUCUCACAACCAAAAAUGAAACAAAGAAUAAUCAGAGAUUCAUUUGGAUCACAGAAUCAAAAUUGUGGAAUAAGCUAAAUCCUUUACUAAGCAACAGUCCUGGUCUAUCCACAGCCAGCUAUUAAACCAUUUAAAUUUUGUAUUUCUACGUUUUAGUUUUCCACUCUCAACAAUCCUCUCUAAAUGCCACUGUAACAUUCUAGUUUUUGCAGAAUUAAAAGGUUAAAGGUUUUACUUUCAAAAAGUAGAUUUUAUUAUGUAAUAGUGCCUGAACAAAGUGAAUCGUUAUUAAUAUGUAGCACUAGUUUGCCGAUGCACAAGCAGACAUGCAUAUUCACUUAGUCACUCAACAUACACAAUCGGUAUAUACAUUGUGAAGUGAAACUUUAAAUUGUGUCAUGUUGGCACACACACAAUCAAUGUGACAAUGAGGGAGCAAAUGUUUGGGAUUAAGGGAUAACUCCAGUAAGGCAGUAAAAGGGAACGCCUGACAUUUAACUUAUUAAAGAUGAAGAGAUUCUAACAUACAAAAAAGAAACCAGUAAACACUGGAAAAUAAUUCCUUAACAGGGGCUAACCAACAAUGGUCAGCUAGGUCCACAAACCCUUUAACAGUGGUGAUGUUACCACCCCCCCCGUUGAUUUCAGCGGCGAUACUCAGCUCUACUGGUUUGGACAUUAAAAUUGCAGAUCUGAAAGGGCACCGAUUCCCUGUUACUGGUUUUCGUGUUUGUCUCUGGAAAUGUCCACUCUGUUGGGGCCCGGUACACGUCUUGUGGGAGUUCUCCAACUGUAUAUUUCGAUUAAUAAAGUUAACUCCUAGCGUGC